UGUAGCGGUGGGAUAAUGGCCGAGGGGGAAGAUCUGAGGCCUCCAUACACCGUGGUCCAUACUUGCAUCGGAGUGGAGAUUGGUGGAUUCACUUGCCUGUCUGACCAGAUCCCACCGACCGAAACCGGUAAAUUACCAGGUCCAGGUCCCAGAUUAAGGGUUCCUUGGCCUUUGCAUUGAUUCUUUUACCAGGCACUGCUCCGCUUCAAGCGCCAUUUCCACAGUCAUCAAUCAAACAAUUUUUAACAUCACCGCGGGGCGGUCUUUCUAUGGGGGUUGACCAGCGUAAGCCACCCCCGGCCGCCGAGGUAAUGAUAUCCCAGGAACCGCGUUAUCCAGGGCAAAAUCCCUCCCUGAGAGAAAGAGGAGACCUAGACUGGAUAGUCGACAAGAGAAAUGGCGUAACAAGGAAUCUCAUUUGUGCGAGGACGUUUCGCAUAGUACGGUCAUCGGCAAAUAAGGUGAGACGGGCGGAAAGGGAAAAGCCCUCAGAUGCAAUGCAGCCUCCACUCUCCAGUGGGAAUCAACGUCCGUCGGUGCAUCUUCAGUCAUCUGAUGAGCAGAAAUCCAUUUCCAUCCUGGAGCACGACGACUUGGAUAUCACGGGGCCCAGGGGAAGAUCAGCCAUCAUGCUUGGCGAGGCCUUCUUCAGACAUCUAUUUGACACGACCAUCGAGGCUGUGCCGCCGUCGAGCAGAUCGCAGCCUCCAGAGGCGAUGUAUCCAAGACAGAGUCCAUCAGUUCAACUCCCCUAUCAGAUCCUGGAUUUACCAUCUGUCUGGGGAGAUGCUCGGCGCUGGGAAGGACUCUCGCUCCAUUGCGGGAGGAUAUCUCUUGAGACUUGGAGAUGAUGAUAUGAUCACCAGCAGCCAUGCUGGUGUCUCCACUUUUGGCCCAUGGCUGACAUUCAUUCUUCCCUGUCAGCUUGGUUCUCUGGCUGGUAUUCCUUUACGCCUUUUUCUUUUUCUUUUCUUUUUCUGUUCUUUACAUUUCCGGGUUGCCCCUCCUUCCCAGUUCCCACAGGUUCCUACUGGGGCUCUCCAUUGGGGCCAACUUCUGGGUAGAUAGUAUGUAGUAUCUAGUCCCCCGCAGUAGAUAGAGGCAGUCGUGCAUCCA